AUGAGAGCAGACGGUGUCUGUGCUGCUGCGUACAUGCUGUGGACCUGAUGCUCUGUACAUAUGUACGAGGGAUGGCUACCAGUGUGUGAAUGGAGUGAUGUGAAAAGAACUAUAUAACAGUGCUGGAUGAUGGAACAGUCACGGAUCCUGUGGACGCGCUGUCUCUAUUUAUCUAUCCUGAUGUUCCUUCAAAGCAGAUGUACUAUUUGUGUCAGACGCCCAACACAUUGCUCUUCUCCACCAUGUAUGGAAGACUUGCCUUGUUCAUCUAUGAUAGCCUGUGGAAGCUCAUCUGAUCCUUGCCUCUCUAAUCCUUGCCCAAGGAAUGCCACAUGCCAGGUUACCCUUGAUACAGACACCUAUGAGUGCCGCUGUCCUUCAGGUUUCAAGGGAAGAAACUGUGAAAUUGAAAUGAAGAGAUGCUUCCGAAAUCUUUGCAGACAUGGAGGAGAGUGUUAUAUUACCGACAGAGGACCCACAUGCUUUUGCGCUGUUGGCUACAAAGGGAUAUUCUGUGAGGCUCCGGAAGAUGAGUGUCUUUGGAAUCCCUGCCAGAAUGGAGCUGUGUGUAGGGACCGGGGCAAUGGACAAGCAUGUUACUGUGUUCCUGGGUUCCAGGGGGCAUUAUGUGACAUUGAAGUGGAUGAAUGUAUCUCUAACCCCUGCCAACAUGGGGGCAAGUGCCUGAAUGAGCUUGGAAGAUACACGUGUGUUUGUCUGCCAGAGUAUACAGGCACAAGCUGUGAAAUGGAUUUGAAAGAGUGUUUGUCAGACCCUUGCCUUAAUGGUGGCACUUGCCUCGACUAUUUGGGAUCCUUUUCUUGCACAUGCCCAGUAGGCUUUCGUGGGGACCUAUGUGAAGUCAACAUAAAUGAGUGUACUAGUUUUCCGUGCCUUAAUGGUGGACAUUGUGUUGAUAUGAUUAAUGGGUAUAGCUGUGACUGCAACAUGGUAGGAUUCACUGGUCUGUACUGUGAAACCCCAGCAGCUCUGUGCUUGUCACAACCAUGUCAAAAUAAUGCCACCUGCCUGGAGGAUUCUGGGAGCUUUACGUGUCUCUGCUGGCCAGGUUACACAGGAUCUUUAUGUGAGAUGGACAUGCACAUGUGCAGAAGCCAACCAUGUAUGUCCGGCAUGGAGUGCGUGGAGCUGAUGUCGUUGAACAUGUCUAUGGGACAAACCAAAGAGCAGGAGGAAUUUAUAGGAUACAUUUGCGAAUGUGGAAAUGGAUUAACCGGUGUCCAUUGCGAACAAGACAUCAAUGAGUGUGAGUCAAAUCCUUGUCAAAAUAGAGGCACAUGUGAGAAUUUCCAUGGCAGUUACACCUGUCACUGUCCUUCAGACAAGGACCCUGCAGGGCGCUACUUUGGAGGCCCAGAUUGCAUGGAGGUGCUUAUCGGCUGUGAAGAGCAUACAUGCCAAAAUGGAGGUUCAUGCAUACCUUAUUUAAUGGAUGGAAAACACUACCACAACUGUGUAUGUUCUGCAGGAUUCAUAGGUCCUGAUUGUGAGACACAAACCACUUUCUCAUUUAAUGGUAGGACUAUUUUUCCUCUUAGAAAUAUUAGUGUAUUUUCCAAUGUAUCUCUGAGCUUCCGGACUGUGCAGACCAGCGCAACAAUAAUCCACUUGGGAGAGCAGGCUUCAUCCCUCAGGCUAUAUCUACAAAAGGGCUUUUUGUUGUUAAACUUUCAACGCAAUGCUCAGCUGGUGACACUUCUGCAAUUAUCUCACAAUGUCAGUGAUGAUCUUUGGCAUACUAUUGAAAUAACCUUCAGAGACAAUAUCCUGCUCAAGCUUCUUGACCCCUCAUGUGGUAUUGCAUGUGUGAACCAGUCUCACAAUGAUGGCUCAUUGAACAUUGUGUUCCAGGAAAUACAGCUGGGAGGGGAGCUCCCAGCACAGACCAGAGAAGGGGCUGAUUUUAAUGACGUGGUCCAAAUGCAAUCUUGGUUUGUCGGAUGCAUGCAGGACAUCAAAGUGGGUUCUAUUGUAUUAACAGAGGAAGAUGGGAAACUGGCCAGGAUUGAGAUUGGCUGCAAGAGACAGGACCAUUGUGAGAAUAACCCAUGUGAUAACAGAGGCAAGUGCAUGAAUUUAUGGCUCAGCUACUACUGUGACUGCUACAGACCUUACAGAGGGAACAACUGCUCCACAGAAUAUGAAGCUGUCAGGUUUGGACAUGGAAAUGUGGCAUCAUAUGCUGUUUUCCAAACCGGGGUUCAGCACAGCGAUGACAUCUCGAUUUCUGCAUUUGUCAGAACGCAACAUGAUUCAGGGAUGUUGUUUGCUUUGGGAAACAUUCGUUUUCACGAUAUUGUGGUAUCUCUGGAAAAUGGUAAAUUGACAGCAAGGACUGGAAAGGAGGUCAUAUCUAAGAUAGAACCCAAUAUCAGUAAUGGCCAUUUUCACCUGGUUCAUUUGAAGCUGAUGCGCCACAAACUCGAGCUGUUUACCUAUUCACCGUCAUUGGAUCUGGUAUCUAUAGACAUCAAGAGAACACAGUACCCAAGUGUUCUAUAUGUGGGAGGUUUGGUAGACCCAUUGGAAACCAAGAAGAGAGGAGGAUAUUUUAAAGGCUGUGUUCAAGAUCUAAGGAUUGAUGACUCCCCUUUGGAGUUUUUCCCCAAUUAUGAGGCAAUGAGUAAUGGAAACCCAGUUUUGAGCAAUGUGAUGAAAGGAUGCAAACAUGAUAGUUUCUGCAAGUUCAGCCCUUGCCAGGAUGGAAAUAUUUGCCAUAUCAGGGAUAACUGCACCUGUCCUCCACAUACUGCAGGAAAAAGAUGUGAAGACCUAAAGUGGUGCCAGCUCACUCAGUGUCCUUCUGGAUCUGAGUGCCAGCAUGUGCCUGGUGGAUUUGAAUGUAUUUCCAAUGCACUGUUCCAUGGGGAAGGGCAUGAAAUCACCUUUAGGAGUAAUGGCAAGAUAAUGAGGGACCUCACCAACUUAACAAUUGGUUUUCGAACACAUGAGUCUGAGUCUGUGCUUCUGUAUGCACAAAGGGAACCAGAAAUAAUCACUGUUGGCAUCCAGGACAGACUGCUCCAUUUUCACCUGCAGAGUGGCAAUGACCUCAGUGCAGUAAGUUUACUGAGCAUGGAGUCAGUAAGUGAUAGCCAGUGGCACACCGUGACUUUGUCAAUGACAGCUCCUGGAUCCCAGUCCUCUACAUGGCAGAUGGAAAUAGAUGGAAAGCCAGAGAAAAUCAUCAGUUCACUUGCAACAGGAAACCUGAACUUUCUCAGGGAGGGCACAGAUAUCCAUCUGGGUGUAGACGGUUAUGGUAUGAAGAAAAACUUCAGUGGAUGCCUGGGCACAGUGCUGAUUGAAGGAAUACACUUACCAUAUUUUACAGACUCAGAGUACUCAAUGGCUAAACCACAAAUAGAGCAGUUUGUAAAAACAUCUCCUGAAAAAGUUGACAUCAGAUGCCUGAUGUCCGACCCCUGUGCCUCUAACCCUUGUUUGUAUGGAGGCAGCUGCCAUGAUGUUUUUACCCAUGCUGUGUGCACUUGCCCUGCUUUACGAACUGGAACCUUCUGUGAAAAGGACAUCAGAGAAUGUCGGACUGACCCCUGUGUACAUGGCAAUUGCACUCCUGGCACAGAUGGUUAUAAAUGUAAGUGUGAGACUGGUUACACUGGAACUAACUGCGACAUCAGUAGCUGCCACGGGCAUCUGUGUGCUAACGGAGCAACCUGUGUUGUGGCGACAGCAGGAUACCGUUGCAUCUGCCCAGCUAACUUCACGGGGCAGCACUGCAGAUUUUCAAUGCCUUCCAUUUUCUGUGGGAAUGAGAAGAAAAAUAUAACCUGCUAUAACUACAGUAACUGCACUGAGGAACAAGGGAUCAUGGGAUGCUCCUGCCAACCAGGAUUUACGGGUAACAGGUGUGAGAUUGACAUUGACGAGUGCGAAUCAUAUCCUUGUUUGAAUGGCGGUCUCUGCCAGAACCUGCCCAACCGUUUCAUCUGUAUCUGUGAUGUAAACUUUGCGGGGGAGCUCUGCGAGAUCGAUCUCUCAGAAUUAAUGCCUCCUGGAAUUUUCACUGCUGUGGCCUCUGCAGUUGUUGCAGUAUUCUUUGCCAUCUGUGCUGGUCUGUGCAUCUUCAUUGCAGUUGCCGGUAUGAGGUCAAGCCAAGGAACUUAUAGCCCAAGCAGACAGGAGAAAGAAGGGUCACGGGUAGAAAUGUGGAAUAUUGUUCAGCCACCUCCGGUAGAGAGACUCAUCUGAUAAUAGGUACUCACUUCUUCAGCCUCAUUCAAUUCUACACAGCUCAGGAAGAACCUCCAUUUUAGUUUCUUGGUUAUUCUUGUAUUUGCCUAUGAACAAAACAAAGAACUCAACAAUGUACAUACUUAUGGAGGUGCUGAGAUCGAUAUGUGUAUCAUAAUACAGUACAAUGUUCGGACGGACUCAACACAACUCAACACUGUGCCUCAUUUUUUUUAAACAAUGAAUUUCUAUUUCAAGACACAAUAACGCCAGUCUCACCUGUACAGCAGGUAAUAAGGGAAUGUGACCUUUUUGGUGCCUUUAUUGGUUAAAUCAGAUACUGGUAUGUAUAAAGAACAGAUAUGUUUGAAUGACAUUGUUGUUGCUUGUAUUUUAUGAAACUACAGUAUGCUACGUUUGUAGACACCACCUAAAUCUUGUGAGUCUUAUGUCAACAACACCCAGGUAAUGUUACUAGCAACUGUUCAAUACAAUACAUCUAAAGGCAUGUUUGGUGAGGUCGGCAAUUGCACAGCUUCACUCAGGUGAAUUAACAAAGUCCAGAUCAGUGCUUUAGAAAUAUAUUUUGUGUCAAGUUUAAUUGCUUCCGAGAUGCCAAAAAAGCUGAUUUAAGCAGCAAUUUGUAAAAAAAAAAAAAGCAAAACCAGCGUGGUUUUGGCUUUAAUAAAUCACUGCUUUAAAAUCUGUUACUAAAUCGCCAAAAUAUUGGCACUUUCAGCAACCUGCAGGCUAUUAAAUUAGGCCCAAUGACUUGGCACAUUUUAUAAAUGUGCAAUGGUAUUCUGUUAAAUUGGAUGAAAAGCACAUUAAAAGUGCGCAUUGGCUAGCCAGCCACCCAUAAACAGAUGACCACCUCUCUCCAGCCAGAAAUCCUUGGACAUUCUAUCAGAAAGAUAAAGGGGAAUAAGACACACACACACACACACACACACACACACACACACACACACACACACACACCAACACAGCCAAACACUUGAUAAGGUAAAUACAUUUGUUUCAUAUGAUUAACUAAAUAACAAAGGUGUACAAACUAUAUUAUGAUUUCUUCAACCACUUAACUGGCAUGGUCAGAUCACCUGGUGCUUAGUACACACAAUACAGUUACUAUAUCCCUGGAAGUGCACCAAAAGCAUGUUCUGAGCCAGAUUAACUCAACAAUUAACAUGACCCGCACAUCACCAAAUUCAAAUCUAAUGCAGUAGGUGCUGACAACUUUCUGUAGCAUGCCAAGAGAAAAAGAGAAAAGACUUCUUUGAGUCCAAGAGAGAAGACCUCUUUCAGUCUAAUUUAGGACCUGUAUUGUGACUCCCCCGCUAUAUACUACCCAAGUUUAAGGUAUCAAUAUAAGAAUCCCUUUUGGGAUAUAAUUAUACUUUAUAGCCUACUGCCCAUAUGUGUUUUUAUGUUCCUGUGUGUGUAAUAGGAGACUAUAUUUUAGUGUAACAAAAUAAAGGUUACGUUUUAAUCUUUUCAUUACAAUUAUUCCUUAUCAUUUCCCUAAGAGUGUGCCAAAAAGAACUCUCUCUUUUUCUCUUGGCAUUUGUACAUAGUAUGCAAUUACUGACUUUAUGGUGCACCCCCAGCAGCAGUGAUCCUAGGCCCGAGUUCCCAUUAUCAGACAAUAGCUGGUUUAGUUUAUCUAGUUUAAAUCUAUUGACCGGUGUGGAAUUAAAUUUGUUUCUCUUUAACCUUCUAUAGAUUGCCAAAGAAAAUUAAUCUCUGUGAAGAUAACCUACUAUAUAUAGGUAGUGAUCCUGCUUCAGAUGAGGUUAUCAGUCCACACUGUGUUAUGCUGCUACAUUUCUAGUACAUAUGGACAGACAAAGGUGUACCUGAGUACAAAACAUGUUCCUGUCUCUGAUGGAGCACCCCACUAAACACCCUCUAAGAAAUCUUUGAGCUGAUGAAGUUAAUGGGUUUUCAGGAACAUAUUUUGUGAAUAAUGUCAUUACCUAUAUGUUUCCUACUGGAUUUCACUGUAGAAGGAGGUACAGUACACUACUGAAGUUGUGUGUGUGUCAGCAAGUACUAUUUCCUCCACAUACUGUAUUGAACUAGAAGUAAAGUUAUAAACCACUCCUCUGUGCAUAGCUAUGCAGCACUGUUUGCAGGUGGUUGUCAUGACAGCACUGUACAGGACACAGGGACCCACUGAUGUAACCUGAGUCUGGGUUAUGAAUAAGGGAGCAUGGUGGUAAUAUGCGGAUCCAGGAGAGAAGUUCUAGGAGAUGUAGAAGGUAGUGUAAUAGCUUAUUUGCAGAAUGAGUGUUUCACUAGUUAUGGAUAUGUGACAAGAAAGAAUGGAAGGAAUGGUUAUGGAAGACGUGUGUGUUGGUGAAUAUUAAUAUUGGUAGAUGGAUCAGUGAGAAGUGCACUGGUGGUACUGUAAGUAUAAAUCAACUAAAGUAAAAAAAAAAAUACAGUGGAAAAACAGAAACAGUUUUCAGCAAGGAAGGUACUUGCAAUAGAAUAGCAGUUUAAAAUAAUGGUGAAGCCACUGGAUAUGGGAUGAGCAGGGUUCUGUUGAGAACAGAAUUAAUAGCUUAGAGGUUAUAGGAUAAUGUUGGUAAUCAGAUAGGAUGGGAUAUAACAGUGUUAUGCAAUUAAACAGAAUAUAAACUGUUACAUAUCUUUAAUUAUAACCAUUGAUAACUAGAUUUUGGGAGUAGUGGUGUCUGUAUUAGUAGUAGUAGCAGCAUUAAUGAGCACAUUAGAGCAGUAUACUGUAGGUUUAAAGAGCAACAUUAAUAUUUACCAUCACACACCUCUUCCAUAACCUGUUAUAUGCACCCUCACUUAUCUCCUAUGUUUACGGUUCAAUAGAUCUACAUUAAGAAGUUCUAAAAUCAUUAGGUUGACACUAAAUGGUUGAAAGUUAAAAGGCUGACAUGGUGAUUACUGUAUGUAGACACAUAAAAGGUCGACACAUGACAAAGUUGACAGGUACAAAAUGUUGACAUGUGAAAAGGUUGUCAUCAAAGAUGGCCGACACAGGAAACAGUCAACACACUUUUUUUUGCAUUUUUUGGUGUUGUUUUCGCCGUCUCAGCACAUACUGUAGAGACCCACAAUUAGUGUACCACUUUGCUUGUCAUGCUCGGGGCACGAUUACUAUUCCCAAUCGUAGUCCACAUGGAUGGUAAAGUAUGAAAAAGUAGAAAAAAACACAAAAACAAAACUCAUGUCGACCAUUGGCAUGUCGACCCUUGAACCUGUCGACCAUAAGCACUGUCAACCUUUCAUAGGUCGACCUUUUGACCAUGUUGUUUUAAUGCAUGUUAACCUAUUGACUGUCUAACUAGACACCGUAGAUCUGCUAUCACUUAUCUAAAAAUAGUCAAAUAAUCGUUUUGCACCCAACACUAUUAUAUAUCCUAACACUUCUCUCCUGUGUCUGCAUUCCACCACCACACUCCCUUACUCCCUAAUCCAUGUACCCAGGCUGCACCUACCUCCAACAAAUCCCUGCUCUUGUACCAUGCCACCACAACAAGCACCUGCAAACAUCACCCUGCAGCUUUGGAUACUGUAGAUGAGUAUGGAUUUGAGGUAAGACACAAAUAGGUAUAAUAUUAUAAUUGUUGCCAUUGGUGCAUCCUUUUAAUGGUUACCAUAAUGCCUGGAUAACCUGACAGCAGAGGUGUAACAAGGGCUUUUGGAGCCCAAGGCAAGAUUAAGAAUGGUCCCCCUCGGAAAAAAAAAAAAAAAAAGAGUCAUAAACAAGAUCGAAAAAUGGGCAUGGCCACACACCAGAAGGGGCGUGGUCACACACCAGAAGGGGCAUGGCCACUGAAAAUGGGGUUUGCCGACAUGCCACGCCACCAGUUUCAUGUCACACUGGGAAAAAUUAUUUUCAGCUGCACACGCACCUUACAUAUAUGAUGGUUCCACACAAUGUGGAACCUCUGAAGAAAUGUAUCCUCUAAAGCAAACGGCGUCUUCAGUCGGUAUUCACUAUUCAUCUAGAAGAUCACAUUGUCCAGAAGCAUUGUACAACAGCGGAUCAACCAGACUCACAUCCUGCCCCCUGCAUCUCUCACACCAUCACCCCCCUGCGUCUCUUAGCCACAUCAUCAUCUCCCCCUUGUGUUGUCUCUUAGUCACACCAUCACCUACCCCCUGCGACGUCUCCCAGCACACCAUCCUCUUGCCCUACCGUCGUCUCUCAGCACACCAUCACUUCCCCCUGCAACAUCUCUCAGCACACCAUCACCUCCUGCGUCAUCACUCAGCACACCAUCACCUACCCCCAGCGUCGUCACUCAGCACACCAUCCCCUCCCCCUGCGUCAUCUCUCAGCACACCAUCACCUACCCCCUGCGUCGUCACUCAGCAAACCAUCACCUCCCCCUGCGUCAUCUCUCAGCACACCAUCACCUACCCCCUGCGUCGUCACUCAGCACACCAUCACCUACCCCUUGCAUCGUCACUCUGCACACCAUCACCUCCCCCUGUGACAUCGCUCAGCACACCAUCACCUAUACCGUGUCGUCUCUCAGCACACCAUCGCAUUUUAAGUCUCUCAGUGUGUCUUCCCCUCCUCCUGCUUCGUCUCUGUGCACAUCAUAUCUGUUAUGCACACCAGUGCCUGCAGGAAUGUACUGGUGUUUGAACUGUUAUACACACCAGUACCUGCAGGAAUGUACUGGUGUCUGAACAGAGAGGGAUGCAAAACAAAUGAACUCACAGACAGACUGGGAAAUAUGACAUAACGUACACAGAAGGUGAUAGGGUAACAAAACCAACACAGAGUGAACAGAGAAGCCCAGAGGCUAAGAAACUGGGUGUCUCCCUAGUAUUAGAAAUGCUCAGAUGGAAAAAG